UUCACUUCUCACUGCUGUGUGUGUGCACUUGGAUGGGUUAAAUGCAGAGCACCAAUUCCAAGUAUGGGUUACCAUACAUGGCAAAUGUCAUGACUUUCACUUCACUUUCAUAUCUCAUGAUGAAAUAAACAUGAUGAUUAUGAUGUUUAUAAUAUUUUAUCUUCUUAUUUUAUACUUUUUCUGCAUGUAGUUUAAGAUACUGUGAAAUGACAGAUGAAGGUUGUUCUGCUGUGACUUCAGCUCUGAAAUCAAACCCAUCACACAUAAGAGAUCUGCACCUGAGUGGUAAUGAUCUAGAAGACUCUGGAGUGAAAACCCUCAGUGAUCUACUGAUGAACCCACAAUGCAAGUUGGAGAAACUACGUCUUUUUGGAUGCAGUAUUACAGAGGAACAGUGUCUCAUCCUGACUACAGCUCUGAAAUCAAACCCAUCACACCUGAGAGAUCUGAACCUCGGUGUGAAUCAAAUAAAAAAUGCAGGAGUAAUUCACUUAUGUGACAUACUGAAGGAUCCACACUGUAAACUGGAGAGAUUGAGGACGGUGACGAGUCCACAGCGAGAGGUUAAAGAGCUGGCUGUCUGA